AACUUUAUUCGAAAAUUACACUGUAUCGUGACAAAUAAGUACAGUAAUAUAUAGUUAAAAAGGUUAAACUAAAAAUAUUUUAUUAAUAUGGCAAAACUAAUACUCAUCUUCAUUCUUGCGAUCUUUUGCCUCAAUGAAAUCCAUGGACAUGGAAUGCUAAUGGAACCAGUAAAUAGAGGAAGUGCAUGGAGAAAAGGAUUCAAAACACCCAUCAACUAUGAUGACGAUGGAAACUAUUGCGGAGGUUUAUUUGUGCAAAUAAAUAACGGUGGAAAAUGCGGUCUUUGUGGAGAUGAUUACAAAAUGCCACAACCCAGGCCAAACGAAAAUGGCGGAAAAUAUGGAACUGGUACUAUUGUAAAAUACUACAAACCAGGACAAAUGAUUGAACUUGUGGCUAGACUCACUGCAAAUCAUGGGGGUUACUUCCAGUAUUCUAUUUGUCCACUGAAUCACAUAAAAGAAUUGGAAACUGAAGAAUGUUUCGCUAAAUAUCCAUUGAAAAUGGAAAAUGGCAGUGAUAGAUAUAUAUUAAAAAGCCGCAACAGUGGUGACUAUAAAAUGAAUGCCUAUUUACCCAAAGAUCUUACUUGUGAGCAGUGUGUCCUCAGAUGGGAAUAUAUUGCUGGAAAUAAUUGGGGCAAGUGCGAAGAUGGUACACACAAACAAGGUUGCGGACCUCAAGAAACCUUUAAAUCUUGCUCCGAUAUUCGUAUUGGUUAAUUACUUUUAAUAAAAAUUCUUAAUUGCAUAUAUAUUACAUAUAUGUUACAUAUUAUAUCUCUAUGCAAAGCUUCAAUAAUUAACAUAACAAUAA